GCUUUUUAUUUUUAAAAUUAUAGGAUGGCGUGAAGAUGGGGAAGUCGCUAGGAAAUACACUUAAACCAAAUGAUCCGGUUCGUAGACUUGGGCUCAAUGCAGCCAAGUACUUCUUCCUUAGGGAGAUGGAAUUUGGUAACGAUGGAGACUAUUCUGAAGAUUGUUUCAUCAAUAUUGCCAAUGCACAUCUUGCCAAUACAGUUGGAAAUUUUGGACUUCUAAAAAAGAACUGCCAAUCUACUUUGGUGGUUGAUUCAACAAUUGCAGUUGAAGAAAAUGUAUUCUGGGACACUGUAAAGAAAUUGGUAAGAUUUGUGUGGAAUCAUGUCUCAUACAAGCGUGCUGUUAGUUUAGUGGAAUGACUUGAUAAAGUGUCUUUAAUUUUCAAACCAUGAAUGCCUGUGUACUUGGGUUAUGCCUAUCAAUGAAUGCUUGUGUCAUAAAUUCUUGUUGAAAAAUUUAGGAGAUUUUUAAUCAUUUUAUUUGCUUCCACAAAAUUUUCAAUGAAAUGUGAGAUGUGCUCUAAAAAUUAUGAUAGGAAAUGUGAGAAUUGUUAUUUUAUUAUUCUGGUUGGAAAUGUGAGAUGUCUUGGAAUAUUUUUGUUUUU